AUGGGGCGCCAUCACCAGGCCCAGCUCUUCGACCAGGUGGCUGCGCGGCACUGCCCCGGCACGCGCUGGAGCGACGGGGAGCGCUUGCAGCGCGAGUGCGGGCACAACCAGGUCAGGCUCUACCAGGAGAAGAAGCUACUGUGCGGUGGGAACUUGCGCGCGGGAGCGAUUGCGCUGGGAGAAGACGCUGCCAGCCACAGCCUCAUCGAAUGCCCGCAGGAGCGGAGAGCGUCGUCGUUUCAGGGCCUGCAGUUCGGCAUCUUCGAGCCCGGGCCAGAGAGGAACGUUGUUGCGUGGUCGCGCUUCGCCUCCUGCGACACCUGGGGUUGCAACGGGGGCGGCUGGGACGAGUCGGACGAGACGCAGCCCUGA